CUUGGGAGUUGUGAUGUUGUUACUACAAACGUAGGAGGAAGUUUUGGUGUUUCAGCACAAUUGCGUUUACUCCUGUUGGCUUCCAGAGUAGAUGUCGUUCCGUAGCAUUGUGCGCGAUGUAAAGGAUGGCUUUGGGAGCUUAUCUCGAAGAGGGUUUGAGGUGAGGCUUCUUGGCCAUCGCAGAGGGAAAUCUCAUAGUGCUGUCCACGAGUUGCAUGACCCUGCCCCGGUGAUCCAGAGCAGUUGCUGGGCUAACUUGCCCCCAGAAUUGCUUCGUGAUGUGAUUGAGAGGUUGGAGGCCAGUGAGGCUGCAUGGCCUUCCAGGAAGCAUGUAGUCGCUUGUGCAGGUGUCUGUCGAACCUGGAGAGAGAUGUGUAAAGAGAUUGUUAAGAACCCAGAGUUCUGUGGAAAAUUUACUUUUCCUGUUUCCCUGAAGCAGCCUGGGCCCCGAGAUGGAACCAUCCAGUGCUAUAUUAAAAGGGAUAAAUCUACCCAAACUUACUACCUGUAUCUGUGUCUUAGCUCAGCUGUGAUUGCUGAAGGUGGCAAGUUUCUUCUAUUGGCGAAAAGAUACUCCCGUCCAACCUGUACAGAAUAUACAAUAUUUAUGAAUGCUGACAAUACAUCUAGGUCAAGCAACAUGUAUAUUGGAAAAUUGAGGUCAAAUCUCCUCGGCACAAAGUUUGUAAUAUAUGAUACCCAGCCUCCAUGCAAUAUACCCAAUGUUCAGCAGUCAGGAAAAACAAGCCGUAGGUUCUACUCUAGGAAGGUGUCACCGAAGGCUCCAUCCAGCACCUACAGUAUAGCACAGGUUUCGUACGAGCUGAACGUUUUGGGGACUCGGGGCCCACGGCGGAUGAACUGUGUGAUGCACUCCAUACCUGCCUCGUCCAUUGAGGCUGGUGGCAGUGUUCCAUCCCAGCCAGACAGUGUCCUUGCUCGUUCAGUUGAUGAGUCAUUUGGCAGCAUAUCCUUCUUGAAGUCAUCAAUAAGGGACCGGUCCAUUCGGUUCAGCAGCACCCGAUUCUCUGACAUCUCAAUAGGCAGCUCCAAGAACGGAGGCCAGUCACUGGGUGAUAACGAUGAGUCGAAGGAUUUGCCAUUGAUUCUCCGCAACAAGGCACCACGGUGGCACGAGCAGUUGCAGUGCUGGUGUCUCAACUUCAAGGGCAGGGUGACGGUUGCGUCCGUCAAGAAUUUCCAGCUUGUUGCUGCGACGCAGCCUUCUUCUGCUGGAGCCCCGACCCCGUCGCAGCCUGCCCCGGCACAGCCGUCCGAGCAUGACAAGGUGAUACUGCAGUUUGGGAAGGUCGCCAAGGACAUGUUCACCAUGGACUACCGUUACCCGCUCUCAGCCUUCCAGGCGUUCGCGAUCUGCCUGAGCAGCUUCGACACCAAGCUGGCCUGCGAAUGAGAGAUCGCCGGCGCCGCAGGUUGGUCCGUCGAUUUUGUAAUAGACUGGUGCCCCCCUAUCUGGGGCCACCACAGCUGUUGUCUGUUGUUGAUGCCCUAUUAACGUGUAGCUGUCACUAGAAAAACCGCGGAUUAGCCGGUUUCUCCUGAUUUUUUUAGCUGCUGCCACCGAUGUUGCGCUGUUGUAUCCCUGUUUGUUUUCCUUUUUGCAGCUUGCUUUUCUAGCAUCUUUUGCCUUCCUAUAAUAACUAGCAAACUUAAUUCGGUUGUUGAUACUUUGCACUGUGUUAACUGAGAAGAGUUGUCACAUAUUCA